CAUGAACUGGGUUGUGUAGGUCACAGUGGAAGCUGUAAAGCAAGAGAAACAGCACAAGAGUUUAAAAAGGGCAGGGAUGAACAACAACACCAGGCAAAACAACAUCAAGACCAGUUGAAAGCAGCCAAGGAGCAAUUGACUACCAUAGUUGCCAAAAUACAUAAUUUGAAAGGGCCUUUCCAAAGGAGAUUGGAUGGUGUACUAGAAAGGAUGAAUUUAAAGAGGCAAGUGUAUCAUAAAGGGGCUCUGGUUGGUAAUGAUGUUGCCAAAAUUCUCCACCCUGAAAACGUGGGAAAAAUUGUAAAUUGUUUAAAACCACUCAGAGUGAAUCUUCAAAAUGGAGAACAUAAAGUUUUCAGUGAUCAAAGAAGCAUAAACAAGGUGUCAACAUUUUUGACAAAACUUUCACACUGUCUCCAGCUGUACUCACCCAGUACUCCUCUCUGUCACCAUGAGGUAGCCUUCCUUGUGGUCCGAUGUGCUAGCUUUGGUCACUGGUUUCCUAUAGACUUUCCAAACACCAACUUGCUUCGAAAGUUUCAUGUGUUAACUUUCCAUGUCCCUAAGAAAGCCAUUUGCAAGCACACUAUGGGCGUGGAAGCUGAACACUGCUCAGAAAGUAUACACCCAGUGGUCAACAGGCUUGAAAGGUCUUAUGCAACUACACAAAAUACAUGUGAUUGCUUGGCACUGGUAGUAAAGAGCCAGUGGCUUCAAAGCAACUCCACUCUGACAAAUUUCAGGAAACCUAAACACAGAAACAGAUCAGAUGCAAUUGUCAUUUCUACAGAAGAAUAGUUUCUAUAUUGAAAAUCGAAAAGUUGCCAAGCUUCCAUAAUAAAUGGAGACUUAAUGCAUAUUGCACUAAAAUAUUUUAUGAUUCAAAUAUACUGUAACCAGCUGACAUGUGCAGAAAUGUUGGUUGUUGUUUUUUUCAAAAUGUAAUAAUUAUUCCUGUAGCUAUGGUGAUGCAGGCAGUAGCGAUAUACUUUAAGUCCUAAUUUAUAGCUGAUCAUGAGGAGAGCUUUAUCAUACCUGUAAAUCAACAAGUGCAAUGUAAGUCACACGAUACAAUAACAUGAAAUGGCACAAACACAAGAACACAAUACAAUACUAUUUACCAAUACUGCAUUGGUUCUAUAAUAUACUUUUCUGAAAACCUUUUACCGAGGAUUUAUCUUCAAAUUAGUAAAUCAUGAAUCAUUUACAAGAAGCCUAGUUUAGUCUGCUCCAUAAAAUAAGUUCCAUCCACAUCAUUCAGUGCUUUCACAUAAUUCACAUCAAGAUGUGCCAUUAUGGAUUUGCUUAAUUUUUGUAGGUCAAAAAUGUUAACACAUCUUGUGACAACAGAAAACUGCAGUAGUAUAGAAAACCAAUUUCCUUUACACCAUGUAGGGCCUAGGGGUAUAGUAUCACACAAUCAAAACCAUUUCUCUCAUUUAGGGAAAUUGCCACUAACUGGUUUGGCAUUUAACUAUUCUUUUAGAGAAUUGGCAUUUACAUGUAAGGCAUGAUUAUUUUGAUAGCCAGUAGGCAAUGUACAAAAAUAAGAAGAUGUAGUUGUCUGCACAGGACCAUAGUAGCACCCUGGUGUAUAAUAAUGUUAUGCAGCACUUCAUCAUUGGUAUUAUAUAAAUAUUUUAAAUGAUAAAUGUACAUAAGCAUUUUAACUACUGCAAUUACCACAGAAUACCACAGUAUUAUUUAACCUAAUCUACGAAGCUCUAUGAAGCUAGUGUCCUUGUUUACUGCAGUUGCUACUGCUAUUUUAAAUUAUAUUUAAUAUAAGGCAUCAAAUAAGAGAUCUCAAGAAAUAGACAAUUAAAUGAAAUUGUUAGUUAAAAGAAGCAUAUAAAUAGUUUUAUGUUGCUGUCUUAUUGAAACCUGAAGGGAAGUUGUAUCAUGGUGCAAAACACUGCUACAUAUGGAAAAAAUAUACAGACAUGCAAAUGUGUAUAAAAACCAUUUCAUUGGAGACUUUAUAGCACAUCUUUGUCUGGGAAUAAAAUUGCACUUUUAAUUUUAA